GUAAUGUCAGCAGCGCUGAGAAAGUGCCACGACUCCACAGAGCGCGGCUGUUUGCGGGGCUGGGAGACGGAGCUGUGGGGAAAUAUCCGAGUUUUAAACCGGUUUUUAUCCCUGUUGGAUUUAUUUCGGAUGUAAACCCGCCUGUUUUUAUUCAGUUUGAAAGAGAAGAGCACUUGCAAUGAUGGACAUAUACGACCCCCAGACCCUGGGCAUUGUGGUUUUCGGUGGCUUCAUGGUGAUCUCUGCUAUUGGAAUCGCCCUGGUCUCCACCUUCUCCAUGAAGGAGACGUCGUAUGAGGAGGCCUUGGCUAAGCAGCGACAGGAGCUGGCGAAGACCCAACCCCAGCAGCGAACAGAGAAGAAGAAAAAGGACAAGACAGCUGAGAAGAAGAACCGCGAGAAGAAGAAGAAGGACGAGAAGCCUGGGUUAAAAUCUCAGGAGUCAGAAACGGGUCUGGACGAAAAUGAAGAGGCGUCAGAUCACCAGGCCUCCUCUCCACUGCAGCAGACCCAAAAACCAGAGUCCAUGCUUGAUACAGCCCCUGCCACUAAACCUGCCCCAGCCACUGCUGCUAAAGCUGCCACUGCCACUAAACCUACCCCAGCCCCUGCUGUUAAACCAGCCUCAGCUACUGCCACCAAAGCGGCUCCAGUUCUUGCUGCCUCUUCUCCUGCACUGGCCCAAGUUUCUGCCCCCGCAGAGGCUCCAGCUGCCCCCUCUCCCAAAGACAAGAAGAAAAAGGAGAAGAAGGUGGCCAAAGUGGAGUCGGCCCAGACCCAAACCCAGGCUCCUCCUGCUGCGGUGCUGGAAUCAGUGGUCAGAGAGGUUCCUGUGAUGGCGGUGCCUCCAGUGGAAUCCCAAAAGUCAGUUCCUGUGGUCGAGGCUUCUGCUAAAGCCGAGAAACCCAAGCUGGCAGCGCCAUCCAAGAAGAAAUCAGGAUCAAAGAAGAGCACAGAGUCUGGGGCGACUGUGGACACUGUGGAUGCUCCUUUGUAUCUGCCCUACAGUACUGUGCUGUCCACACUGAAGAGCAUGGUGUUCAGUGAAAGUGAGGCUCAGCAGCUCAUGGAGAUCCUGUCUGACAGCGCUGGAGUUCAGGACAGCUGGCACACGGCUACUCAGAAAGGUGAUCCAGUGGCAGUGCUGAAGAAGCAGUUGGAGGAGAAAGAGAAGCAGAUGGCUACUGCACAGGAGGAAGCGUCUUCUGCCAAGAACCGCCUCAGAGAGCUGUCUAAAGAGCUUUCUGCAGAGAAAUCGAAGGUGGCGUUGGUGGAGACCAGGCUGAGCUCUCAGCUGAGUAAACGGGAGCAGGAGAUGAUCGCUCUGCAGGCCCGAAUGCAGGCCAGCUACCAGGACCACCUCGCCGAGACGCAGCAGCUCAACGCUAAAGUUGGGACUCUGCAGGAUCAGCUGGAGAAAGGCCCGAAUGCUCAGCUCGCUCGGUUGCAGCAGGAGAACUCCAUUCUCAGAGAUGCCCUCAACAAAGCCACCAGCCAGGUGGACAGCAAGCAGAAUGCUGAGCUGGCUAAGCUGCGGCAGGACUGCGCCAGGCUGAAUAAGGAUCUAGGAGAAAAGAUUGAGGCUCUGCACUCUGAGGAGCAGCUCAGGAAGAGUCUGGAAUCUAAAGCCAGUGUUGCUGAGAAGCAGCUGUGCCAGCUUCAGGCGUGCCGGGUGUCGAGUGAGCAGGCGCUGCAGCGGCGGCUGGAGGAGGUGAGUGAGGAGCUGAGGAAGGCUCAGAGCAGCAGCAGCAGCCUGCAGACGCAGCUGACACAGGCUCAGCAAGACAACACCACCCUUACAGAGACGCGUGGGCACCUGGCAGCUCUGGAGGCGGAGCUAGGGGAGCGGACCGGGCAGGUAGAGAGCCUGAAGGUGCAGCUGAGCCAGACUGACCUGGAGAACCAGCAGCUGCAGGAACAGCUGGGCUCUGUCCGUGUGCUGCUGGAGGCCAGUCAGAGCCGAGCGAAGGAGGAGGAGCCCAACACUGAGGCCCUGGUGUCAGAACUGCAGGAAGCAGGGAAUCGAGAUGAUAAGAACCAGAUUACAUCCCUUCAAGAGGAGCUCAGUGGCCUUAAAGAGGAGCUGGAGGAGCUCAGAUCUGCUGCUAACAACAAAACAGCAGAACAUGAGCAUUUACAGUACAGUUCAAAAUUGAAGGACGACCAAAUAUCUUCACUUCAGUCAGACCUCGAACAGUUCAAGCAACACCUGGACCAGAGUAAACUUGAAAACACAACGCAGUUUGAACAUCUGCAAAACAGCGUAAAGGAUCGGGAAGCUCGGAUACACUCACUUGAAGAGGAGCUAAAGCAGUAUAAGGAGUGUGACACUAAUGUCGGCAGUGCAGACGAUCUGAGGGCAUUUCAGACAGACACAAUCAGCGUACUUCAGUCACUUUUCCCACAACUCAGCAUAAACACAGAAGAGGACAAAUGGUUACACGAGUUUUCAGAAAAAGCCCAGGAGUCUCUGAGUGCAACUCAACAUUCCCUCGAAUCACAACAAAACAAAGUGACUGAGCUGUUGGGGAGGCUGAGUGAGGCUCAGGAGAGCCAGAGCACGCUACAGGCGGACUGUGAACAGUACAGAACCGUUCUGGCUGAAACGGAGGGGAUGCUGAAAACCCUGCAGAGGAGUGUAGAGGAGGAGGAAACCGGGUGGAGAGCGAAAGUCUCAGAGUUGGAGGAGCAGCUGAGGAGGUCGUUGCAGAAAGUGCAGGUGUUGGAAGAUACAGCACAGACUCUGAGAGCUGAGAAUCAGAACACAGAACAGCUGAAGCAGCUUCUAUCUGAAUCUGAGAGUCAGCUACAGUCAGCCCAGCGAGAGGCACAUUCCCACAGGGAGGAGCUGGAACAGGUCAGGCAGCAGCUGAGCCGGGUGAUGGAUGGUGCUGAGAAAGGGGUGGAGAAUGGCCAGCCUGAGACACAGUCUCACCAGGUUCAGGUGAAGCUGGAGCAGACAGUGCAGACGCUGCAGGCAGAGCAGGCUCUGAAGCUGCAGCUUUCUGAAGAGGUAGAGCAGGCUCACAGAACAGUUGCUGAACUGCAGCUUCAGGUUGAUCAGCUGAAAGCAGUUGGAGAAACACCAUCAGCUACAGAAGAUGUAGCUGAACUUAAGGAGCGUCUGGAGAAGGAGAGGAAGUUGACCAAAGAUUUGGGCCAGGCAGCCACUAAACUCCAGCAGCUGCUGAGGACCAGUCAGGACCAGCUCGCCAACCAGAAGGAACUGGUCAGGAUCCUUCAGGAUAAACUCCAAGAAAAGGAUGAAGACACAGAAGCGAAGGAUGGUACCUCUGUCUGAGCUGGAGAACACUACAGUUAACCAAAACCGCCUUAAGAUGACCAAAAUGUUGCAUUCCUGAGUAUUUUUUUUUUUAAUGUACUGUAGUAAAUGACUACAAUUGCACCCAAAAUCUUUUAUUUUUAAAGUAAUUUUAUUUCGAAUGUUUGCUGGAACCAUUUUUACUCUGAGGAAAAGAAUAUAAAGAACAUUCCAUCAGAUCUCCUCUGACUGUGUCAGAAACUAUUCCUGAACUGCCUUAUAUUUCCUUAUAAAUCCUCUCCUGCCCCUCCUUCAGCGUUAAAAGGGAAACUGGGUGUGCAUUACAUGCACAUCAGCUAGUGCAAUUACUCUUUUUUUUUUAUCAUUUUAGAAAAAACAUAACUUUUUUUAUGGUAGGGAUACAACCCUGAGCGAGCGUGCCCUCUGUAGCUGGCUCAGAUACCCCUGUAUACAUUUGAUAAAGAAUAAAUAAAAUGGCAUAUGUUACUUUAAAUAAAAAGACUUGUGAAUCUG